AUGAACGCCUUGGCGUCAUUGUUGCUGUUCCUUCUGAGCUUCGGAAUAUCGGCGGCACAGCAGUUGCUCGCGGAACCAAGAUGUAACCAUUGGCCGGACCGUGGAACCUGCGAAGACCGAGGAUUCCAAAUCAAAUGGUACAAGGAAAUAUCAUUAUUCAUUCAUGAACUGUGGAAAGUGUAGGUAUUAUGAUAGAUACGACCAUCGGUGUCGGCGGUUUUUCUACGGCGGUUGUGAUGGAAACGAGAAUCGGUUCGACACUUUGGAAGGUUAUUUUCUUCAUGUGAUUUUUGUCAGCACAUUGAAGCUUAGACAAACAGUUGAAAAUUUAAAUAUAAAUUCUCACUAUUGAAUCUAAAUUGGAUCUGUUGCACAAAAUUAUCACACUUAUUUCAUUUGAAAUAGGAUUUUCAUACAUUUUCAGGUCUUUUUUGAGAAAUCUAGUCACGGUAGUCUUUCUAUUCGGAAACUUGAUCUUUUUCCGAAAAUAAAACUGUCUACACUUAGCAUUUUCCCACUUAAAAUGAACAACCUUGACUUUUUCUGAGAGCAAAAGCAAGUUUUCAGAAUGCUCUUCACUCUGUCGCUUCUCUGAACCCACGGACCGGGAUCGUUGUUUCCAACCCCAUGACCCUGGAUACUGUAAUGCCGACAUCGAGAGAUGGUUCUUCGAUUUCCGCAAAAAGCAAUGCGUCUGCAGGUCUUGAACUACUCAUUUCCUUCAACUGUACUUCUUCAGCUGGUGGUCCGGCUGUGGAGGAAAUUCCAACAUUUUCUACUCCUACAACCAUUGCAUGCUCAUCUGCGGCUCUUUCGCUGAGCAUGGCCCAGGAAUCGACGAAAACUACUGGGGCAAGAGAAACGUUAGUUUCAUAUUCGACGAAGUGAAAACUCGGAAAAAUGUAAAAAAAAAUGAUUCAUUGUAGUUUUUGAGAAGCUUGAACAUGUGAGAUGAAAGUCAAGUUUAUUUUUUUUACGGAAAUCUUCUGUAAUGUUUCCUUAAUUUUCUACUACUCAUCCAUUUCAUUCAAAGUACUGAAAUCUAGUUUGAGUUAUUUUCGAGGUGACCGUCGAUUUCCAAGUGCUCUGAAAAAAGCUUUUCUCCUGAGACCGGAACUGACCAGUUCAGAACUUCAAAAAAACAAAAAAUUUUCGAUCCUCGCAAGCCAAAGUGAACGACGUUAUAUGAAACAUUCAAAGUUCAAGAAAAAAAUUAAACCCAAUCGCAAACAAGAAUCACUUCAAAAUUCCUUUUCCAUAUAUUUUCACGAUUCUCCUCUUUUUUUCCGGGAGAACAGGAGAAUGAAGAAAUCUGCAGGGAACGCUGAUGUCCGCAGAGUCGAGUCGCGUCCUGGCGCAUCCGCAAGCGGCCAACCACGUCGAGCAAGGCUUUUACAGCGUACAAGUUCCUAGCCGCGACAUUUCGGUUUUCUUGAGCUGCCCUAACGCCCACUAACCGCUUUUGAAUGAAUGCAGCCGAAGUACGCGGCCGCGACAGCCCCCGCCGUCUCCUACAUCAACAUAUCUCACAUCGACGACGCUCCUCUCGUCGACCAGCCUCUUCGACGCGUUUUCUCCCAAUUAAGGUGUCAUGUGCUCGGCGAUAUUACUAAUUCUUUAAGAAACCGCUUUGAACGCUUUCUUUUUGCCUGAAAGCAAGCGCUUUUGUCUAACCCUUUAUGAUAGAUUCACCCUGUACAAAUAAAACGAAAGAUUCGAGCCGCCGCCGCCACCGAAACUGAAGAUCCACGAAACCAAGACGCUGCCUGCGCAGGAGCUGCAAUCCCACUACGUCAACCGCAUCACCCUGGUUGCGAUUCAAGCAAAAUAUUCACAAAGUUUGAAAUUCAGUUCCCCAAAAACUACGUGGUUCGACAAGCGUACGUCCCUGCUCACCCAUCAAACUUCCAGUACCGCCCAAUGCAAAAAAUAGAAUGGAAGGCGGCUCAUCAGAACCAGCAGCCCCUCGUCCAGGCCGUACCUCAAUAUCAGAUGCAGUCCCACCCUGAGAACCCCAGAACGGACAUCGUAGAUCGUUUCCGAGCUCAGCUGGAAAAUCACAAAGAAACGUUGCGACGACAGCUGGAGGCCAGAUUCCCAGGCUACGUCAUCACUCUCAUCCCUCAGACCGAAACCCACGAAACUCCCGAUGGAAGGCAAACGGUUCGACAGAGAAUCCAGUGGACUGCGCAUCCCAAAACUGGACAGACGACCGGGUGGCAGCCAGUCAGCACAAAUAUACAAAAUUCAGUCCCUCCCAGGCCUCAGAACACUUUCGAGACGUCGGCGGCUCCAGUCAAGCAGAAGAAAAUUCACAAGACUUAUGUGCCGGCGAGGCAGCAGCAGUACUACCAGACGCAACCGGUUCAGCCUGUUCAACCUGUCCAACCGGCACAGCAAGCCGUUCAGUACGUCCCAAGGCAACCAGUGGCGACUCCGCAGCCUGAGAGGUGGGAGGAAAAAUAGACUCGACAAAAAAAGUUUGGAAAAAUUUGCUUAAACUUCUCUGAGAAAGUCUCAGAAAUCUUCUCAAUGGUUACAGCUUUCCUUAUAGCUUUUCACUCAAAUUGUACAGUAUUUAUCCAUUCAGACCCGUCUACACAACGACUCAACCUCCAUACAGACCCAGAGAAGUUAUCGUCCCACCUACCCAAGUGAUCCCAACAGAACCAUACAGGUAAAGCUCACAUACCCCGAAAAAAGUCCUUGCCUUUUUUCAGAACUGUUCCUACCACUACAACAACUCGGGCACCCUACGUUCCGCCACAAAGAACUUUGCCACCGGCUCAGGCGACACCUGUAGAUCAACACAGGUGAAGUACACUUAGUCGUUUCUAAAAUAUAAAUGAAAAGAUUUUUUUCUUCUGGCUUUUUAAAUUCAUAAGUCUAUUCAUAUAUUCAUAAACUGAUGAGAUAAUUAAUUUUUAAACUUUUUUUCAGUGCUAGAAUGAUUUUUUUCUUUUUUUGGUGCUUCCAAAUUUUUGAACGUUUCUCGUUUUUUUAACUUCAUAUGUUGAGAAAAAAAUAACUUGAAAAAAACAGGUGGAAGCAAAAGAAAAAGAAAAACGAAUUUUUUUGAAAGCUAAGGAUUCCGGAACAGGAACUUCUCGUAAACUCUGACUGCAAACUUCAGAACGGCUGUGGAACGUGUCACGCCGAUGCCACUCUCGCUCGAUGACAUCAUCGCGAUCGACGAGAGGAACGGAGACGUGCAAGACGACUUCGUGGACUACGAGACUUCUGACCAGCCGGAGCCUGUCAAUACUCGACCGCCCCCGAAAGCGACGGCUCCACCAGCCAGAGUGGCUCCUCCAGCUCCACCAGCUCCAGCUGCAGACAAGACUCAGUACUCUAUGAUCGUCUUCCCUGUUUCUACUAGGCCGCCAGCAAGAAGUGAGAUUAAUACUCAAUAGAUAUGAACACGAAAAGCUGAAAAGCUAUCCAAAAUUCAGAAUCUUUCAUAAGAGAUUUUUGUAAAAGGGGAUGUUACCAUCUCCAUUAGACUACUUGUUUUCGAGCUUUUAUAUCACUUAUCAUUCUCCUAGCCGAACUUUUUUUUUCCAGGUCCUAGCAGAAGAGAUCCGCAAGAUGACGAAUACGUUCAAGAACUCGGUAAUUCUUGUUGUUCUCUCAAAAUAAAAAGGCAUAUUUCAGAGUUCGGCAAGUAG